CGUGGGCCCGGUCCUCAGGCGUCGGCACACUGCACACCUCACUUCGCCGACUUGGAAACUCCAUAGCCACUUGGUCUCAAGGGACCCUGGGGUCAAUCGUGCCUUUGUUUGUACCUGCUUGCAGCUUUGCUCUUUUAGCCAGCGAGGCCCAUGUCGCGUGGUCGUUCGCCGUCGCCUGCGACGGCGCCAUCUGUGCCAAGCCGUGGAAUGUCACCAGAGCCCUACUACGGCCCUGUCGACGCGCCCCUGCCGUUGCUGAUCGACCUGCCCCCGCUGGCGCAGCAGUGGCCCGCCGCCCCCGUUCUGACACAUGUGAUGUACCCGCUGGUCAAUGUGCGAACGAUCGCGUGUGCCAAGUGCUCGGCCAGUGCCCUGGCCGACCUCGACAUCGUGCACGCGCUCGCGGUGGCGCCGGAGCGCCAGAGGCAGUUUAGGAAGGCAGCGCAGCUCUCCCUCGUGGCAUUCAUGAAGCCCGCUGGCGAGAACAGAGAGCGCCUGAAGUCGGAGAUGGGCGGCUCCAUGGCGCCUAUUCCUGGUCUAUCUGCUCCGAGCCACGCAAAGGACUGGCCGCGCAACUACGUGCUCGCAGGGUCGGACGUGAACAUCUUCGUGCAGGGCGGCGUUGACAGCGCCGUGGAGAAGUUGCAGCUAAACGACAAGAUAAACGGCUUCCAGCUGUUGCAGUGCAAGAGGCUGCAGAACCUCGACGUGUUGCAUUGCACCUUCUCGUACAACAGUGUCGACUUCGAGCACGUGCCAGAGUUCCAGUCUGAAAUCAUACUCGUCAGCACGGACGACGAGAUGAAGUACCUAAUGGGCCGACAGGAAGCCUUCCGCAAGGUGUUGCGAGACCAGCGUUUCCAAAUGGAGGUAUGUUUUGGCGACGCCGGCAUGCUCGCGUUCGACGCCUACAUUUACCUCCUGAAGGUCUUCGCCAAAACUGUGCCAGAGGGUGCGCUGUCCUCCUUCCAGGCGGUGUCGUUGGGUCUCUUCGUGCUCCAGCUGGGGCUUUACAAGCAUGUCACUGGCACGGCCGCGCAGCCCACAGCACUACUCCUCUUCGAGUGCUUCCUCCGAUGGUGCGGCGUGUACUUUAGCAGCCAGCGCCAGUGUAACAGCGACCAGAAGUUCAAGAACUACAGAUUCAGCGCCCUGGACUUAUCCACUGGCAGACUCGUGUUGCGGACCAGGGUCCAGACUAAAUGUGAGGCCUACUUCGUGGCGGACGAGGUACACGCCUUGCGUACGCAUUCAGCGGACAGGCUGAACAUCAUUGGGUCGAUCAGCCCAGAGUUGAUCCACGACAUUGCACAGACGGCAUUGGUGUCGCGUCUGAGUCUCGCCGGCGGCGAGCUGGUGUGCGGCUGACUUGUGAGCACAAUUCUGCUACUUCUGCUUUCAGGCCUUUUUGCUCGUUUCAAGGGGGCCUCCCACAGCUCGUAGCAGAGGUGUCUCUGGGAGUCGUAAGGGGCUCGCUCCUAGGCACUAGUUUCGGCCAGCCGCAAAACGGCGAAGCCCCAAUAUUAUAAGCCAGCCGCACGGCGGCGGGGCCCGCAUCUUUGCUUUCAGGCCACUUCGGGCAGACUUUACAUUUGAGUCUGACGGCCUGCUAUAAGAGCUACUUGCAGCAGCCUCUCUUCAUGACGCAUCAUGCUGGGGAAAAAUAGUCGUG